AUGUUUUACAAAACACCACUCAUUCUCGCCGUCGUCUUGGUCGCCGCAUUAUCCGUCAAUGCAAAAGUGACGUACCAAAAAGGCCUCGUCCCUGAAAAAGCUGGAAGCGGUUCUGCAAACACGCAUGCCUUCUACGUUGUCGGAGACAGAAACGGCUACAAAUUCAGUGUCUUGAAGAAUGAAGCCGGAAAAUGGUCAGAAGCAACGUGCGGAAACGUCGUUCAAGGCUCCAAAGGUUUGGGUCCUAACGGCGCUUCCUUCUAUACUGCACCUUGCGAAGUAGACGCUUCCACAGGAGAUCAAGUUGUUAAGGUACAAUGCAUCGAUCCAACGAAUCCAAAAGCUGAAAGAGCAGGAAGUGCCACUAUCAGUUGGUACAAAGGUCCAACUCAAGAUGGUCAACGCUCUUAUGGCAUUCACGUUGAAAGCCAAGGUAAUAUUUAUUUGGGUACCACUCUUGCUUCAGAGCAAGGUACUCCACUCAUUCAAGGUCCUUUCUCUUUGGGUGGAUUGCAAAAUCAAGGCGUAAUUAUCAACUGCAACGGUAAAGAACGUACUCGUUUGGCAAACUGA